UUUCGACUUUCAACCGCCAGCCUAUCCCCCUUUUUUCUCCUCAGCACGUCGAAUAACAACGAACAACGACGUCUUCCCCCUACGCCUCAACACCUCUAUAUCCUAUACUGUGCAUCCUGCCCGAACGGGGCUUAAUCAGCAAGAUGAGUGCGCUUGCAAGCAAGCAACAAUCGCAGAAGAUCUUCGAGAAGUUGAAGACCAAGUCAGCAAAUAGGAUAUGCUUCGAUUGCGGCCAGAAGAAUCCGACUUGGACCUCGGUACCCUUUGGCAUUUACUUAUGUCUCGACUGUUCCUCUAACCACCGAAAUCUCGGUGUCCAUAUCUCCUUUGUCCGCUCCACCAACCUUGAUCAGUGGCAAUGGGAUCAAUUGCGUAUUAUGAAAGUUGGCGGCAACGAAUCCGCCACCAAGUACUUCCGCGCAAAUGGCGGUAGCGCCGCACUCGCUAGCAAGGACCCAAAGACCAAGUAUCAGUCUAAUGCCGCGACCAAGUACAAAGAGGAGCUUAAGAAGCGGGCCGCACGAGACGCGCUCGAGUACCCAGACGAGGUCGUCGUCACUGACGUGGCUGGAGAAGGUGCCGAUGGGAGUGCAACUCCUUCUAGUGAGCCAAAUGACGACUUCUUUUCUUCAUGGGACAAGCCGUCCAUCAAGAGGCCUACGCCGCCUAUCUCGCGAACUAAUACGCCGCCCGUUGUCGGCCGCACUGCCUCCCCAUUUCUCAACGCCGGUGCCAACGGCAAGGAGAUUUCCAGGUCUUCAUCCCCUCUAUCUAAGUCUGACUCCGCAUCCGAUGCCAAACCUGCUGCCAGUCGAGUCACCACCUCUGCUGCACUUCGCAAGACAAACCCCUCAGCGCCUCGCAAAGCCAACGUUCUGGGCGCAAAGAAGACUACUACUAAACUUGGAGCAAAGAAGGUUACAGGAGAUAUCAUUGACUUCGACGAGGCCGAGAAGAAAGCUAAGGAGGAGGCCGAGCGAAUUGCGAAAUUGGGCUACGAUCCGGAAGCCGAAGAGGCCGAGGUAAAGCAGACCACUGCAUCCAAGACGGAAGCUUCCAACGUCGUCUCACCCACGCCAGUGAAUCCGCGUGGAUACGGAUCCGGUCACUCUCGCGAGAAGUCGGCAGCCGAGGUUGAGAGGUUAGGCAUGGGUGUAGGAAGAUUAGGCUUUGGACAGGUUGGAGGUGGCAAAGCCGCCGCCGGCGCCGCGCCCAAGAAGAACGCCGGUGGAUUCGGCUCGGUUGGACCAGUCAAAGCAACUACCGAAGAUGACGACGAGCGUUAUGCCCGAAACAAGUUCGGUAACCAGAAGGGAAUUUCCUCAGACGAGUUCUUCGGAAAGGGCUCUUUUGAUCCUAACGCCCAGGCCGAGGCAAAGACGCGUCUGCAAGGAUUCGAAGGUGCUACAGCUAUUUCGUCCAACGCGUACUUUGGUCGGCCCGAGGAUGAAGAUCCCGCGGAUGACUACGGCGACCUCGAAACGGCUGCCAAGGAUUUCGUCCGCAAAUUCGGUAUUACCGCCGGCGAUGAUUUGGAUAACCUCACAAGCGCGUUAGGCGAAGGCGCUACUAGACUCCAGGGCGCUAUUCGUAACUACUUGAACGGUUAAGUGAUCUACCUACCUAAAUAAAGGACAGUAGUUAGAAAAACGUAGCGGGAACUUCAAUAUCACAAGCGGAGAAAGAAAAGCUGGAUUCGGCCUCUACACUAUCGAUGGGAUUGGCGGGUCUUAGGAGGCGUCGUGGUGGUGUCGCUAUCAAGCUAGCGCUGAGACCUGUAUAGGAGAUGGUCGGUCGGAUGGUAAAAGGGCUGUUACGAAUAUAAACGGCUUUGCCAGCCCACGACUUGGACGUUAUAGAGCAAUUGGCACGGUACGCAUAGUAAUGAAACUUGAUUAUAUACCUA